UAGAGAUUCAAGUCAUAGAGAGAGAAAGAAAAUACAAACUAAGAAGAUGAGGAAUGGUGGAAAUCAUCUUCUUCUCCUUGGGUUGCACCUUAUUCUUGCUACUUGGGUGGAUUGGAUCUUCCUCUAAGCUCUACCAAGGUGUUUCUCCUCCUAAAAUUUCUCCUAAACCCAAAUUUUCUCACUCUAGGUCGACUCUCUCAAAUAAGUGCAAAAACUCUUCUAUUUAUAGGCUCUUAAAAACGUGAGCAAGUUCACGACCAAGGGCUGAAAGAUCACAGUCGUGAUCUUGUCAUGCCAUCCCGCGAUCAUGAGCUCAAACGAAUAGUCUUGGCAUAGUGGGAGAUUGCGCCCAUUGUUUGCGACCGCGAACUCAGUCUCGUGUCCAUGAUCUAUAUCGCAGUUUCACUUAACAUGUUCUACGAUCUGCCUAGCGAAAUUGUUGUUCUCCUUCUGAUGCCUCCUCCAUAAGUUCACGCCCAAAGGGUCCUAGUUAGCGCCCAUGAUUUUCCAGUUUUGGCCCGUGAUCUCUUGGCUAGACAACGUGGGGUAGCUUCUCGGUCGAGAUCACGCUCCUUAGGCUGAGAUCUAGAUGUUUGCUCCUUUUCACUUUUUCUUCCUACUCAUUAGCCCCAGUUUCUUCCCUUUUCGUUUGUAACAUCAAAUGUAACCUGAAACGACACGAUAAAAUAAGAGGAAACAAUCUAGGCUAUAAACGAUGUUUUAAAGAUCAAUUCAUGCUCCAAAACGACAUCAAAACACCUAAUACAUGAAGGCAAAAUAACACCUUUUUGGGUGUUAUCAACUCCCACAAACUUAGGCGCUUGGUUGUCCCCAAACAAACAAGUGAUCAAAUCAUGCAACUUGAAGCCUCUUAUUUCUCUUCUCCUCAUGUGUUUCGUCGGAGCCGGGAUUCUAGUGACCAGCUUUGCUUGGCUACCUCCACCCUUGCUUGACUCAAUUCGCAAAAUCCCAAAAGGCAUGUGAUGAAAUCAAAUGAGACCACCGCAAGGUGCAAAACAAAGCUCUCAAAGGUAGGUGAAAGGACUGGUGCUCUCACGGUUCUUUUCUACACUUUCUCCGCAACUUUUUAUUCCUAUCUAGAGCCUCACUUUGGGGGUUUUUAGUAGCCAUUCAUCUAUUGAUGAGUAUGUGAAUUUAGGCACUUAUUAUUGUGUGCUUGUUAGCCGGGAAAGUAGGGAUAGAUUCUCAUACCUAUACCUCAGCCAUUGAAGGGACGUACAUGGGAGGAUGGAAGUAAUGAAAAGAUGUAAAUCAAUGCGAUAAAGCUAUCCGAUCUCCCAUGUACAUUUUCCCAUUACUCUAUAACGGGCUGUCACAACAUAUUGCAUUAGAUGUUACACUCCACUUUGUCCCAUUACUCGAGAUUACGCUCCUUAGGCUGAGAUCUUGAUGUUAGCUCCUUUUCACUUUUUCUUCCUGCACAUUAGCCCCAGUUUCUCCCCUUUUCGCUUGUAACAUCAAAUGUAACCUAAAGCGACACGAUAACAUAAGAGUAAACAAUCUAGGCUAUAAACAAUGUUUUAAAGAUCAAUUCAUGCUCCAAAACGACAUCAAGACACCUAAUACAUGAAGGCAAAUAACACCUUUUUGGGUGUUAUCAACUCCCACACACUUAGGCGCUUGGUUGUCCCAAAACAAACACGUAAUCAUAUCAUGCAGCUUGAAGCCUCUUAUUUCUCUUCUCCUCAUGUGUUUCGUCGGAGUCGGGGUUGUAGUGACCAGCUUUGCAUGGCUACCUACACCCUUGCUUGAUUCAAUUCGGUAAAUUCCAAAAGGCAUGUGAUGAAAUCAAAUGAGACCACUGCAAGGUGCAAAACAAAGCUCUCAAAGGUAGGUGAAAGGACCGGUGCUCUCACGGUUCUUUUAUACACUUUCUCAUCAACUUUUUAUUCCUAUCUAGAGCCUCACUUUGGGGGGUAUUAGUAGCCAUUCAUCUAUUGAUGAGUAUGUGAAUUUAGGCACUUAUUAUUGUGUGCUUGUUAGCCGGGAAAGUAGGGAUAGAUUCUCAUACCUAUACUGUCGCAACCGCACCUCCGAUUUUGGGGGAAUCCAUCUUGAAUUGCUCGGAGUCGCCAUCGACCUUAGAUGUGGUGGGUCGAACACCAUUUUGGCCCGGUCUCGACCUCAGGGUCGAAACCGGGAUUUGGUCUGCGAAUUUUGAGAUUUUGGGUUCGGGAGUACGGUUACGUGUGGGGAAGUGUAUUCACGCCCCACAACUCCCCUAAAUGGGUACUACUUAAAUCGAUAAGUUUUUAAGGGUUGGGUGUAUUAUUAUUUGCGGCUUUAUUAAUGUAUUUAAUUAUAUGAUUUGAUUAAUUAGAUAGUUAUUAAUAUUUGAUCAUACAUCUAUUGACGUAAUUCUCAAAAUUAAAGAAAGAUUUUUUGGUUAGUUGGACUCGAACCUAUUGGUUGCCUACGUACCCGAGAAGUCGGGAUCAAAGUCCACGUAGUUCGUUUAAUUGAUUUGUUUUGUAGAGGCGAUCUUAACACGUUCUAUUGAUCGUGGCUAAGAUGAUAAUUUGAUUUGUUAGGUAAUGUAUUUAUGAUGUUUCAACUUAGUAGUUGAAUGGUAAAACCAUCUUUCAAAUGAUUCCAUCGAGAGUAACUAUUUCGGUUUGUUUAUCAUGAUUUCGUAUUAAGAUAUUUUCUAAGUAAAACGAGCAUAGGUAUAAAUAAUGAAGCCAAAGAGAAUGUGAUAACCUAAGGGUUACCACUUCUUGAAAUAUUUAGAGACAUACAUAGUUUGGUCAAAGAAAAAAAUAAAAAAAAAAUCUUAGCAAGAUUAGAAAUAUUGCGUAUUAAGAUUAAGCACAGAUAAAUUGAAAUGAAGAGAUUAAAGUUCAAGUAUGAUAACAUAACUUAGUGGUUGAUUGCCCUGACUUUAAGCAACACAAGUGAGGUUCAGGUCCAUGGUUCGAAACUUAAGAGACCAUAAUUUUUUGGAUUUCACGGAAGCAAUCCGAGAGUGGCAGCGGGUAAUUAGUCGAAACUAGGAAGGGGUAAAUUGGUCAUUUGGCGCUCGAGGGUAUAUUUACUCAUUUGGAGAAACCCUAGUCGCUAAAUGGCUGCUCCUCUAUUCUCGAAUAUCAUCUUCCUCUCUCUAUCUCGCUCUGUUCGUCUCUCCUCCAAAAACGAACAAACAUGAACCCGAGCUCUCCUCUAAAUCGACCCAAACCGCCGCCUCUCUCCUUCUCACUUCUUUUCGUAUUCCGAUCGACCAUCUCCUUCUCCGUUCGUUUCUACUGAAACACGAGGAGCAAGGAAGAAAAGCAAAACGACAACGAUGAGGGAGAAACGACGGUGGUGGACGCCGGUGAUGACGAUCGAACGACGGUAAAGGUAAUAGUUUCACUUGGGGUUUGCAUGUCGUUUUUGGGUUUUCAAUUGGCGAUUUCGAUUUAUUUGGAGUUUAGGGUUCUGACUGUGUUUUGGUUCUUGAUUGUAUUUUGGUUUUUUGUUUUGAUUCUCGCCGAGAGGAGAAUCGGAAAUGGGGUCAGCUGGCGGUGAGGGAUUCUAACGGCCGCAAGGGAGAGAAGCCCUCUGUGGAAUUCGAUUUUCUGGGUAAGCUUCUGUUUCUUUCUAUUUUGAUAUCUGGGAAGUUUUAUAGUUCUGACUUUUUUUAUUUGGUUUGGGGUUUCAGACGAGAGGGGUGGAAGUAAGGGAGCCGCCGUCGCCGUCGACUACUGAGCAGCCUGAGCGAACUCAAAUGACGACGGAUGGAGUCACAAAUCCGGUAAGGGCCACCUUUGUUGAUUUUGUAGUGUUUGUUUAGCUUUGGAUUCUGAUUUUGGUUUUUGUUCUGCUCUUUCUUUUGGGUUUUCUAUCCGGGUGAGGGAAGAAGGAGUACGGAUAACAUGGGAAGAGAGGGUGAACAAACGCGGCUAUGAUGAACGCCGACAAGUGGGAAUCCGAUGAAAGGAGAAAAGUGGGAGGAAUUUUGUUGCUGUCUAGAGAAAGGGAAGAGGGAAGCCUCUGUUUUCUCGAUGGGAAUGAAGAGGAAGGAGGAGGAGAGGAAGCUCUAGAAUCCCCCCUCUUGCAAGAGCCGAAGGUUCAUUUUAUAGAAAACUGGCUUGGGGAACAAGUAUGCUACAGUGUCGGUUGUGGUUUUGGGUUGGACCGGUCUGACUUGGUCAGAGCCGAGUUUGGUUUGACUUAAGAGUUGGCUUGGUUCACAAAUGAUUGGGCUUUUGACUUUGGUUGACUGUUGACAUUUUGGUUGGCUUUUGACUUGGGCCCAAUUUCCCUUUCUUACACUCGUGACUACUAAUGCAAUCGGUUGUAAUCUAAAUUUUUUACUAAUUGUAAUUUAUGUUGAUGGUAAUUGCAAAAUGUAAUUCUGACUUAUGUUCGAUGUAAUUAUAAUUUAUUUUAUUAAGAUGAUUCAUUCCUUUAAUUUUAAUGUUCCUCCCAAUGUCGAAGUCCAAACUCUCAAGAACUUAGCGUUUAAAUUCAACAACCAAACUUGGGUAGUUAAAGUUAGCUAUUGCUAACUUCGUGGUCCCAAAUUAUGACCAAUGCUAUUGCUAUUGCUUAAUCUUAAAGACUUAACAUUUAAACCACCUAAAUUCACGGUAACAAAUUUUAAUCGAUGAU